AUGGCGGCCAUCAACAAAAACGUCGUCUUCGACUGCGUCGGGACGCUCGUGGGGUAUGAAAAGUUGUCCGAAGCAAUCGACGCGCGCAUGGGCGACAGACUCCGAGCCGAAGGCAUCAAGCCCAUCCUGUUCGGCUAUACCUGGAUCGAAGUGGCCGAGAGAGAAUACACCUACCUCUCCAUGAGCGGGAAAUACGUCACCUUUGCGGACACCUUCGCGGCACUCUUCUGGCGCAUCCUGUUCAAGGCCGGCGUGCAGGAACCUCGCAGGUUUGCCGACGAGGGCGAUCUCGCGGCUAUCAUGGAGGGCUAUAAGGCUAUGGAACUACGGCCUGGGGCCAAGGAGUGCUUUGAGAAGCUUCGGAAUGCUGGAUUCACUGUCUGGGGUAUGUAUGUGUGGAAGCUCGCUACCGUGGUACACACAGGUUCUCUCUGCAGGUGACUGACGAAGGGUUUCUGGAAAGGUUUUACCAUGGGAGACAGUGAGCGAGUCGGUGGUUAUUUCAAGAACGCAGGCGUCGAGCUCCCAGCCGAGAAUCUCCUCUCUUGCGAUUCCAGUGCAAUCGGAAAGCCAGAUCCCGCGGCCUAUAGGCCAUUGCUGGAACGUCUGAAGAGUCUGGGAGGCACCCCUUGGUUUGCGGCCGCUCACCUAUGGGACGCGUCGGUGAGUCUAUCUGCAGUUUCUGAACGUGAUGGCGGCCUAUUUUUACUGAUAAGGGCUCGUCCAUUAGGCUGCGAAGAGGACUGGCUUCAGGGGUGCUUAUUGCUCGGUCUAUGAGGGCGAGGCUCUCACCGACCUGUUUGGCGAGAUGGACGUUUUGUCCGACUCCUUGCCGGAGAUGGCUGAUAAGAUCAUAGCUGCUUCCAGAUAG